AUGGAUUCAGAGGCUUCCAUCACUAAUAUUGAGACAGAGCCUUUCAGUUCUCUGUUUGGUAGCAGCAUGGAGGCAGAACCAUUCAUGGAGGUAAACUCUAGUCCCCUGUCCAGCCCUUCCGCUGAAUCGGCCAAAUCAUUCAGCUCGGUAACCAGCCCGUGCGACUCCCUCCUUUGCUCUCCAAAUAUCGAUCUCGAUGAGAAACACUUUGUGAACGACAAGGCGAUACGCAUGUUCCACCUCUACGGCCGCCAUAUUGAAGCAGAUAACAUGAAGAAAAGCGGUCGGAAUGCUUUCAUCUCCCAUGCUCGAUGGCUCCAACAGAAUUAUCAAGAACUAAAGGUCACUCAUCUCCGGCUUUGCUUCUCGAACCCCUCGGAGUACAUAAAUGAUGUCAUGAAGUGGAUUAGAAUGGCCACCACUAGGGAUGUCGAAGAGCUUGAUAUCGAUUUCUCCAUCCCUGACAAUGACAAGAGGUACCCCGAGUGUUUCAAAAGCUAUGCUGAGUUGCCAUCAGAUGUCUAUAUGUUACGUAAUUCUCUUCAUGCAUUAAGGCUCUCAGGAUGCAAAUUUCAGCCUGCUUUGUUUUGGCAUCGAAUCAAGAGAGUAACAAUCGAAGAAUGUAUUCCAAUGAUGGAAGCCAACAUUGUUAUUCCAGGUCUCCAAUAUUUUAAGUACUCUGGAAUCGCGGUGCCCGUUGUCAUCAAGGACUAUCAUACAAUUGAGGAGGCAGAACUCGAUUUUAGUCGGCAGUUUGAACUUGGUCAUCAUAGCGAAUUAAUCUCAGAGAUUCUCAUAUGCCUUCAGAAUGCAAGAGUACUCACAGUUAUUGGUUCUGAAAAUCUUCACUUGCCAACAAUCAUUGUACGACUUCGACAUCUGAUACUAAUGAAGGCAACAUUGCAUAAAGAUGAGUCAACAGGAAUCAUAUUGCUGCUUGCAAGUUACCCAGUGUUGGAAACUCUAACAAUUAACAUGGGUUAUCGCAUACAACUUGCACCUAGAAUCCUCGGCGAUGAAGAACAUUUUAGCGCUCCAUUCGAUGCCAAAGGAUUUUGGGAAGCACAGACCUCACCCAUUAUAUGCCUUGAUAUGUAUCUGAAGAAGGUCAAUAUAACGAACUUCAGAGGGCAUAAAAAUGAAGUCUACUUUCUUAAAUAUCUACUGAAGAAAUCAUCAAGAUUGGAAGAAUUAUCUAUUACCAUUACUAGUGAUAUUUCGGACUGGGAGAACUCGGGGAGCUGUAUAUCUGCUACUCAACAACUGCAACACUCUGAGAAAGCUUCACCAAAUGUUCAGAUAUCGAUACGUUGA